AUGAGUAAGUUCAAAAAACCACGGGUUCAUCAGAUAGCAAGUUCUGAGACGUUCAGCCCAGAUGUUCUUUCAAACAUUUUUGAACUUUUUGCCAAGAACUUUUCUUAUGGUAAGCCACUUAACAAUGAAUGGCAGUUACCAGAUCUCAGUGAGGUUUUCACCUGUGACCACACCGAAUUCCACUCCUUUCUUGAUUUGAAGAACUCAUUAAAUGAAGUGAAAAACCUACUGAGUGAUAAGAAACUUGAUGAGUGGCAUGAGCACACCGCUUUCACUAAUAAAGCUGGAAAAAUAAUUUCUCAUGUGAGAAAAUCUGUGAAUGCUGAACUGUGUACCCAAGCAUGGUGUAAAUUUCAUGAGAUUUUGUGCAGCUUCCCACUUAUUCCCCAGGAAGCAUUUCAGAAUGGAAAACUGAAUUCCCUACACCUUUGUGAAGCUCCUGGCGCUUUUAUAGCUAGUCUCAAUCACUACUUAAAAUCCCAUCAGUUCCCCUGUGAAUGGAGUUGGGUAGCCAAUACUCUGAAUCCCUACCAUGAAGCAAAUGACAACCUAAUGAUGAUUAUGGAUGACCGGCUUAUUGCAAAUACCUUACACUGGUGGUACUUUGGUCCAGAUAACACUGGUGACAUCAUGACCCUGAAGUAUCUGACUGGACUUCAGAACUUUGUAAGCGGCAUGGAUAGCCUUCACUUGAUCACUGCAGAUGGGAGUUUUGAUUGCCAAGGAAACCCAGGUGAACAAGAAGCUUUAGUCUCUUCUUUGCAUUACUGUGAAGUUGUCACUGCUCUGAUGAUGCUUGGAAAUGGUGGCUCUUUUGUUCUGAAGAUGUUUACUUUGUUUGAACAUUGCUCCAUAAAUCUGAUGUAUCUGCUGAAUUGUUCCUUUGACCAAGUCCAUGUGUUCAAACCUGCUACUAGCAAGGCAGGAAACUCAGAAGUCUAUGUGGUAUGUCUCCACUAUAAGGGAAGAGAGGCUAUCCAUCCUCUGCUAUCUAAGAUGAUGCUCAAUUUUGGGAGUGCAAUAACCAGCAAAGCUCUCUUUCCCCAUCAUGUGAUUCCUGAAUCUUUUCUUCAAAAGCAUCAAGAAUGUUGCAUGUUCUUUCAUAAAUACCAGCUCGAGACUAUUUCUGAGAACAUUCGUCUGUUUAAGUGCAUGGAAAAAGAGGAACAGACAAAGUUAAAUAAUUUAAGAGAUUGUGCUGUGCAAUAUUUUAUGCAGAAGUUAAAAUUGAAGCCAAUUUCCAGAAAUAAUUGGCUGGUAAAAGGGUCUAAUAUUGGUUGUAGUACAAAUACAAAAUGGUUUGGGCAGAGGAGCAGGUAUUUUAAAACCUAUAAUGAAAGGAAGUUGCUAGAAACCCUUUCGUGGAAAGAUAAGGUGGCCAAAGGAUAUUUUAAUAGUUGGGCCGAAGAACACGCUGUCUAUCAUUCUGGGCACAGUUCUCUUUUAGAAGGGACAGGUUCCAAUCUUGAAUGUCACUUAUGGCAUAUUUUAGAGGGAAAGAGACUGCCAAAGGUAAAGUGUUCUCCUUUCUGCGAUGGUGAAAUUUUAAAAACUCUUAAUGAGGCAAUUGAAAAGUCAUUAGGAGGGACUUUGAAUGUGGAUUCCAAGUUUAGGCCAAAGCAGCAGUAUUAUUGCUCUUGUCAUGUUUUUUCCGAAGAACGGAUAUUUUCGGAAUUGUUUAACCUUAGUAAGUGCCUUCUGUAUGAGCAGGUUGGAGGACCCAACAACCAAAUAAAGUGCCUGCUUGUGGGUUUGCCAAGUCUCCAUGAUACCAAAAUGAAUAUACCAUUAGAAGUUCAAUUCCUAGAAUCGGCUGAACUCAUGACUUUCACCUGCUCAUUGCUUCAUGAUGGAGACCCGAAAUACCAGCAGUUAUUUUUAGACUGCCUUUUACACUCAUUGCAGCAGCUUCAUUUAGGAGAUGUUUUGAUUUUGCCUAUCCUUUCAUGUUUCACGAGAUUUAUGGCUGGUUUGAUAUUUAUACUCAACAGCUGCUUUCAGUUCAUCACAUUCUCUUGCCCCACAUCCUCUGAACCUCUGAGGAGUUGUGCAGUCCUGCUGUGUGUUGGCUUUCAGGACCUUCCAAAUCCAGUUUUCCAGUACCUGCAGAAUGUGACUGAAUCGUUGCGCAUGUUACUUAACUCUGAUGCAUCCCAACAGGUUCUACAAUUUGUGCCAAUGGAGAUGCUUCUUAAAGGGCCACUACUUGAUUUUUUAUGGGAUUUGAAUGCUGCCAUUGCUAAAAGGCAUUUACAUUUAAUUAUUCAAGGAGAGAGAGAAGAGAUCAUAAAUGGCCUUCAGCUAUGA